AGCUCCCAGCUCCGCUACUCCGUGCCCGAGGACCGAGAGCCAGGCUCCUCGGUGGGCGACCUGGCCAAGGACCUGGGGGUGGAGGUGCGGAGCCUGACAACCCGCAACCUGCGCCUGGUGAGCGAGGGUGGGCAGCGGCACUUCCAGGUGGACCUGGCUGCGGGUGUGCUGCUCCUCAACAGCAGGCUGGACCGGGAGGCACUGUGCGGGCAGAGCCCCACAUGCUCCCUGCACCUUCAACUCGUCAUGGAGAAUCCCCUCCAGCUCCACCGUGUUGAGGUGGAUGUCCUCGACGUCAACGACAACGCGCCCCAGUUCCCCAAGCCAGAGGUGGUCUUGGAGAUCACUGAGGUAGCCAACCCUGGGACUCGGCUACCCCUGGAGGUAGCAGAAGACCCGGAUAUGGGCUCCAACUCCAUCUCCACCUAUGAGCUCAGCCCCAGCGAGCAUUUUGCCCUGAGUAUCAACGUGAGAGGAGAUGGUGUUAAAAUGCCCGAGAUCAUACUUGAAAAAGCACUGGAUAGAGAGAAAGUGUCUGUUCAUCACCUAACACUGACAGCCCUGGAUGGAGGAAAUCCGGUGAAGUCUGGCACUGCCAAGGUUAGCAUCCAUGUCCUGGAUGCAAAUGACAACCCUCCUGUCUGCGACCCACCCAUAUCCAAGGUACAUCUGGAGGAGAACGUGCCAGUGGGCACUCUGGUCACCAAGUUGAAUGUCACUGACCUGGAUGAAGGUCCCAAUGGGGAUGUGGAAUAUUCUUUCAAAGUUAGCAAUAAUGUACCUGGUAAAUUCACCAAGCUGUUCUCCUUAGAUCCCCGGACAGGGGAGAUCAGAACCAAAGCCCCGCUGGAUUAUGAGGAAUCCAGUGCUUACGAGAUUGCGGUUCGAGCCAGGGAUAAGGGAUCCCCAGCCAUGGAAGGACACUGUCACCUGCGAGUGGAAUUAAUUGAUAUCAACGAUAACAGCCCAGAGAUCGUGCUGACCUCUCUCUCUAGCCCAGUGCAGGAGGAUGCAACCACGGGAACGGUGAUUGCCCUCAUUGGUGUGAAGGACAGUGAUUCUGGUGACAAUGGGCAGGUCCAUCUGCAGAUAUCAAAAGAGCUCCCAUUUAAACUGGUGUCGUCUUUUAAAGAGCAUUUCUCGCUGGUCACAAAUGGUCCCCUUGAUCGGGAGAAGGCCAGUGGAUAUAACAUCACGGUGCGGGCUGUGGAUUCAGGGUCCCCACAGAGGGCCACACAAAAAACCUUUUACCUCCGAAUUGCUGACGUGAAUGAUAAUGCACCAAAUUUUUCCAGCCCUUUCGAUACAGCUCAUGUUCAGGAAAACUCCCUUCCUGGAACUUCUGUCUUUUCAGUGUCAGCAUCUGAUCCUGAUGAGGGUAGCAACGCCAAGCUGUCUUACUCCAUCCUGGACAAUGGGAUGCAGCAUGUACCCAUCUCAACCUACUUCCGGAUAGACCAGGACAAUGGCACCAUCUGCACUGUGCGGGCUCUGGACUAUGAGCAGGACAAGGUGUUCCAGGUGCCUGUGGAGGUGAAGGAUGGUGGGUCUCCUGCUCUGAGUAGCACUGCUGUGGUCCAUGUGUUCAUCCUGGAUGAGAAUGACAAUGCCCCCACCAUUGUCUACCCAUCUGUCCCUAAGGGCUCUGCCUUCCACCAAACCAUCCCGGCCUUGGCAGAACCUGGCUAUCUGGUCACCAAAAUUGUAGCUGUUGAUGCUGAUAGUGGCCAUAAUGCCUGGCUGUCCUACCAGCUGCAGGAGACAGCUGAGGCUUUGCCUUUCCAAGUGGAACACCGCUCUGGAGAGAUAAGGGUUGCACAGGCUCUCAGGGAGUCAGAAGAUUCCCACAGGCUGGUGGUCGAAGUGAGGGACAAUGGGACACCACCCCUCUCGGCCUCCGUGGUAAUAGUAAUUUCUCCGGAGGAAAACAGUGCGCAGGACUUCGCCAAGUCUUUGGACCUCCCCAAAUCUUCUCCCAAGGAUACCAACCUAACUCUUUACCUCAUCAUCUCCUUGGUGUCCAUUUCCCUUGUGUCCUGCGUGAUGUUUGCUGUGGUGGCUGCCCGGUGUCUCAAAGCUGGUGCUGCCAGCUGGACCUUUGCAGAUUGCUGCCGAGGGACUGGCCGCAAACCCGCCUCGCGUUUCCAUGGGCAGAUGAAGCCAGAUGGCUUCAUCAAGUACCUGGAUGUGGGAGGAGCGGGCUUGACCUCCCAGGCACAGAAUUACACCUCCUGUUUCUCACCCAUGUCUGACCAGAGCGAUUUUCUCUUUGUAAAACCUUUCAGCCAUUCUAGCACUGCGGAGACCGUGGCUGCCUAUGAGCAGGUGACCAGCACCUUAGCGAGUCCCUGCGAUGGGCAUGCAGCAGCUGGGGCUGAGGACAGAGACAGAGGGAGACGCGGCCGGUCAUGGGCUUAUGUGGCACGGAGGCGGAUGCACAGCAGAAAGACAACUGGCCACAGAUGCAGGCUUUACCACCUCCUUCCUAAAAAAAUACUUGCUAACCCAGCAGCCAUGGGGGUGUUUGCGG